UCAAAAGAGAAUAUGAUAUGAGAGAUUAAACACUCUCUCUUCUCUUCAUCCCCUUUCCUUUUAUUAUUUCCUCUCUCUUUCUUUGGUCUUUAAUUCUUUUCCUUGCUUUCUUUUUUCUUCUUCCCUUUACUUCCCUCAACUUGGGUAAUCAACUCUUCUUGUAAUUCUCCUCUCCCAACUCUCUAUUUCCCUAACUUGUUCAUCCUUUGAAACUUUAUGUAAAUUAAAGAGACCCCCCCCCCCCCCCAUAAAAAAAAAAAAUUAGAAAUUUAUUCCCCUUAUGGCUCACUCUUCUCUUCCAAUCUUCUUAGAUCCUCCAAAUUGGCAUCAAUCGAAUCAGGCAGCAACAAAUGAUGGUAAUCAAGACCCACGUCAGCUUCCGGCAGCAUUUCUACCACCGCCGCCGCCGCCGCCUACGGCAGGUCAUGGAGGAGGCGGAAUCCGGCCAAAUUCUAUGGCCUAUAGAGCACGGCUGGCGAUGAUUCCGCUGCCGGAGGCAGCACUAAAAUGCCCUCGUUGUGAUUCAACAAACACCAAAUUUUGCUAUUUCAACAAUUACAGCCUUUCUCAGCCGCGCCACUUCUGUAAAGCUUGCCGCCGGUACUGGACCCGCGGCGGCGCUCUUAGAAAUGUCCCCGUCGGCGGUGGGUUUCGUAAAAACAAGAAGAAGAAGAAAUCUAACCGAUCUAAGUCCCCCACUGCCUCUCAAUCUCAAAUGGGUAAUUCAAGAUCAAUAAUGUCAAGAAAUUGCAACAACAAUGAGAGCAAUAGUACAAUGAGGGAUUUUGCAUCACAUCCUUCAUUACAAUUACCUUCAUUAAACAUCAUUCCAUCUCUUCAACAACAAUUUUCUCGUAAUUUCGAAAACAAUUUCCCCGGAAUUCACAUCAAUAAUUCCGCCGCCGCCGCCACCGUCAGAGAAUUUGACCAAUGGCAACAACAACAACAACCAUUCAUGGUGGCCGGACUAGAAUCUCCGACGACCGCAACAACUGCCGCAGCAUACACACAAAUUGAAGUCAACAACAACAACAACUUUGGUGCUAACUCAUUACAAGAAGCAGCUGGUUUGGUACAAUACAAUAAUAAUUGUCAUCAACAACUGCAGAAUCUGACACCCUUUUCGAGAAUUCCUACGAAAAAUGAAGAACAAAACCAAGAACAAGGAAUAUUAUUAUCGAAUUUCUUAAGACCACAUGAUCAAAACAGCCAGUUUUGGGGAAGUGAGCAUCAAAAUUCAUGGACGGAUCAUUUGUCAGCUCUCAGUUCUUCUUCAAGCAGCCAUCUUUUGUAAGAUUUUUUUUUUUAAAAAAAAAAACAUGAAUAAAUGUAGAGAGAGUUCAAUAUCGUGUUGUGUAUUGGCUUUUGUCAUGUUUUUUUUUAUUUAAUCGAAUUAUUUGUUUAAUGUCACAUAAUUUUAAUAUAAUGUUACAUGUUAAUUAUUAGUUA